ACCGAUGGAUGGACGGAUGGAUGGAUGCAUAGAUGGAUGGAGGGAUGGUUGGCUAAAUGGAUAUGCGUAUUAAGCAUACCAGACGAUUGUCAAGCUGGCAAUAUUCGAAAGAUAUUCCGAAUUUUCGAAGCAGCCCGAGAAGAGAAACUAUCAGACGAAUGGGAACGACUGGGCAAAUAGUUCGCGUUCGAGUUAGCAACAAUUUCCGGCAUUUCGUAUAUAAACUGAAAAGAAUAAUGCGCCACAGCCAGUGAGUUCGUAUCGGUUCGGUUGGGCUCGUUGUUUGGCGGCACACGUUUUGCUGCCCGAAAGUAGCGCAGAUUACUUAAAAAUACCAAAAACCGAAAAAUUGGAACAGCCUCAGCUGGCGGCAGUUUCUCAGUUUCAGAUUUUCCGACUCUGCGAUCCGGCAUUCUCCGUUUGAAUUUCGUGAGAGUACAACCAACAGCUGCUGCUGCCGGUGGUGCUUCAUUCCUCAUUCCGCUUCUGUUGGCCGUGCGAAAAACAUGAAAUUGAAAAUCAAUCUGACGUUCCUCUAUGCGACACUCGUCGGCCUCCUGUCCAUCAUCCUAUUGACACAGACCGCGGAAAUCGAGGCCUUUGGAGGCGGCAGUUCGGGCAAUGGGGCAGCAGUGUCAUGCAAAGAGCUGAACAAUGUCAACUGCUACGUGGGCCGCAAUGAGGGAAACUUCUGCAGCAGCAAGGAUCAGACCAAGGCCGUAACUCGUUGGUAUUUCGACAAGGGCGUCUGCAAGCCCUUCAGCUACAAAGGAUGCAACGGCAACCGCAAUCGCUUCUGCACACAGGAAAGCUGCGACUCGCGAUGCGGCGACUGAUUGGCAUUAGCGGAUAUAUUCCUGCGUCUACCUAGUCGAUAAGUCUGUACGCGUAUGUUUAGAUUAAGAGCACAUAGAGAUCGCACCGCACACUGAACAAAACAGGACAUCAUAUCAUUUUAAACUCUGUUUGUAACCAUUAACUUCUUUGAAAAUCAAACUCUAAAACACAUAGUGUCAUUUUGAAAAUCAGAGCCAUAAUUUUGUAAAACGUUUCACUUAUUUUAAAGCUUUCAUAUUCGACACAUUUUCUCUUUUAGAAUACCAUUUUUAAUUUCACCACCUUUUAACUAAUAUUUUUAGAAAUUAAAUGCUUUUACUAAGAAUUAAAUAAGCAGACCAUCAAAAUAAA